UAAAAAGGCUAAAUUCAUUACAAGGACUCAGUCUUCACUUAGCGUAGACUCCCUUUCUCCAAAGGCUUUCAGAGUUAUAUCCAACCCAUCAUGGGGGAUACUAAGCUCUGCCUUUUGCUGCUGCUAAGCACCUAUGCCUUGGCCCAGCAAGUAGAUUCCAAAGGGGGCUCUCCAACAUGUCUUUUGGACAAGAGGUUCCAGAACUUCAGGAGAUAUGUGUAUAACUAUGACGCUGAGACCCAUAACGGUGUGCAUGGGGCAACCAGCCUCAAGAAUGGCCCCAAAGUGUACUGUAAAGUUGAGAUUGAUGUUGUCCAGACCUGCAACUUCAUUGUGCGUACCUCAGAGUGCUCUUUAAGUGAGGUAUCAGCUGUAGACUCUGUGGGUUCUCCUGUGUAUGAGCCUUCUGCCAAUGCUGAGACCUUCCAGUUUGCCAUGGAAAAGAACCCCCUGAAGGUCAUGGUUGAGGGAGAGACAGGUGUGAAACUUUUCCCUGAGGAGAAUGAGCCAGCCACCAUCCUCAACAUCAAGAGGGGAAUUGUUUCUGCUCUUCUCGUGCCUUCAUUGAAAGUGGAGAAAAACGUGAAAAUGGCCACACUGCAUGGAGUCUGUGACACUGAUAACACUGUCAAUGCCAGGGAAAAUGAUGUCACCGACCUCACCCUCACCAGGGAUCUGUCCAGAUGUGACAGUUUUACUGCCCAGAAGGACCACACCAGCCCUCUGGCCCUAAUCUCUGGCAUGCACUUCCCUCUGUCCAAACUAAUCAGCAGCACUCAGACUUGCAACUACCAGUUUUCCAAUGAGGAAAGUCAUAUACUUUCAGGAGCCUGCACUGAGAAGCACAUCUUCCUUCCUUUCUCUCACCAGAAUGAGUAUGGAGUUUCAACAGUGGUGAAACAGAUUAUGACUCUGGUGGAGUCUGAGAAUAUUAACGACAGGGUCUUUGACCCAAUUGAGGCCAACCUCAAGUUCCUGCCCAUGGAGACUGUUGAAGAGAAGAACCCUGUCCAGACUAAGGAUAGCAUUAUUGCCACCAUGGGUGAGCUCACCUCCCUGUCCCAGACAAAUCAGGGUCACCAGCGUGCCAGCACUUUCCAGAAACUCGUAAUGCAGCUCCGUGGGUUAAAGGCUGAGGUUAUGAGCGAUGCCGUGGUUCACAUGAUGGAUAUGUCUGGUUCCCUGACCUGGCAAGCGCUGGCCCAGUGCGGCACCCCAGAGUGCAGCAGUACCAUGCUCCAGGUCCUGAGGACCUUCGAUGUUGACGCCAUAGAGGUCGAUGCUGCCGUAUAUGCUUUGGGCCUGUUACCUAAUCCAUCCCGUCUUCUUGUCAAGGACAUGCUGGCUAUGGCUCAGUACAAGCAGAGCAAGCCCAUCAUGUAUGCUCUUAGCAACGUCGUCAGAAAGCUAUACCAGGCCAAGGGCAAUGUCACCCCUGAGAUCACUGCUGUGUCUGAGUUCAUGGCCUCAAUUCUGGGCAGUGACUGUGCAGGUGAAAAGGAGCUGACUUUCUUGACCCUGAGGGUUGUUGGUAACAUGGGAGAGGCCAUGGAGGCUGCAGAUGCCAGUGUAAAGACUACCCUAGUAAAGUGCAUGAGACAGCCAGCCACAACCCUGUCUGUCCAGCUGGCAGCCAUCCAGGCCUUUAGACACAUGUCUGUGACUAAUGAGGUGCGCUCGAACCUCCAGAGGGUCAGCCAGUAUGCCAAGGGAGCCGUGCAAAAGCGCCUAGCCGCCUAUCUCAUUCUGAUGAGAGCACCUGAGGACAGUGACCUAGAACUGGUAAAGAAGGUGCUGACCCAGGAUCAGAACAUGCAGGUCAAGGCCUUUGUGGCCUCCCACAUCUACAACAUUAUUUCCUCUAAGGACUCAGAAACCCAAAAGAUGGGAAAGAAGAUUUUGGAUGUCAUGGGAGAAAAUGAUGUGACUACUGAUUUUGACUACACAAAAUCCCGCAACUACAAGAUGGAGACUGGUGCCAAUUACAUGCAAACUGACAUUAGGGGCAACAUGGUAUUUGAUCCAACCAGCCAAUUGCCUAGAGAAGUCAUGCUUGAGAUGACACUGAAUGCCUUUGGCUAUUCAAUGGAUAUGUGGGAGGUUGGCAUGGAGGGAAAAGGCUUUGAACCAACCAUUGAGGCUCUGUUUGGAAAGAAUGGGUUCUUCCCAGACACGUUGUCCAAGACCAUGUACUGGGCUGAAGAUAAAAUGCCAAACAAGAUCAAUGAGGUUUUAGAGAAAUGGAUUGAGCCUUUGAUGAGUGAGAAGCUGAAGAGACAGGUCCCUGAGAACAUUGUGAGAGAAAUUGUCCGUAACUUUAACAAGCUAGCCAAGGAGCUGCAGACUCAGGAAUCCCCUGAGGCCACAGCUUAUCUGAGGAUUAUGGGAGCUGAGCUUGGCUACAUCAAGGGCACCGAUCUGAAGGGCAUCGUCGAUACAGCAGUGAUGUAUGCUGAAAUCCUCUUCAAGACCAUCCCCACAAAGACCUUGCAACAACUGAUGUCAAGCACUGAUAAUGAACUUUUCGCCCAUUACAUCUUCAUGGACAACAGUUUUAGCCUACCAACUGCUGCUGGAUUGCCUCUGAAGUUCGCUCUGUCUGGGACUUUUGUUCCUGGAGUUAAAGGGGGACUGCACAUUGCACCAAACAUGCAGGAAGUAUCCUUCAUGCCCUCUCUGGGGGUGGAGUUUGUGACACAGAUGGGAGUACACAUGCCUGAAUUUGUUGUCUCCGCCAUUGAGAUGCACACAAACAUGUACCAUGAGAGUACUUUUAAUGCCAAGGUCACCAUGGAACAAAACCAGGUCAAGCUGGCCAUACCUGCCCCUCAGGGAACCACACAGCUCUUCAGAGUUAGCAACAGAGUUCUGACAGUGACCACUGGUCAUGUUUCCCUGGUCCCUCCCAUGGAGGACUACUCCAGGACUAAUGUUGUCAACUGCAGUCCUCUCUUCUCUGGAGUUAAGUACUGCACCACAGUCCGUUACUCCAUAGCUGGUGUCAACGCUGCUGCUCCCUACUUCCCACUUAAUGGAGAGACUAAGUUUGCUGUGGACAUCCAGCCCACUGGAGAGGUGACUGAAUACACAGCCACCUUUUCCUAUGAGCUCCUCAGUGAGGGAAAAGAUGGACGCCAGAAGGUUGAUUCUCUGAAGAUGAUUAUGAAAGCAGAAGGUUCCGAACCCACUGAGGCCACAGCCACAAUGAAGUACAACAGGAACAAGAACGUCUUCACCACCAAUGUCCAGAUUCCUGACUAUGAUGUGGAGGCUGGAGUCAGGGUGGGCCUCACUGACAGCAGCACCAAGGGCAAGUCCAUCACCAUCGAAAUCUCCAACAAGAACAUUCCCCAGCUGUCUCUGAUUGGUCGCGCCAAGCUUGAGGCCAUGACUGAUGGGAUGCUCCAGGUGCAACUGGUGGUGCCCUCACUUCAGACAGAUGCAGCUGUCACUGCCACACUGAGGAAUGUAGAAGGACUCACUCUGGAGAUUAAGAGUGACGUCAAACUCCCAGAGACCUCCUCUGUGCAGGGAGUCAUCUUCAAAUAUGGAGAGGACCAGGUUCAGGUACAACUGAUGUCUGACAUGAACUCUGAAAUCCAUAAGCUCUUACCUUACACUGAAGACGUCCAGAACUGGCUCAUACUGCUUUCUGAGGACAUCAUGGACCAUAAGGUGGCCAAGACUGACAUGAAAUUGCGUCAUAUUUACACAAAGGCUCUUGAGGCAAGCAGCAUGUGGCUGGACAAGAUCACAACUGAUGUCCCUGCCUUUGAGACACUUAAGAACAACAUGCCAGAGAUAGUAAUGCCCUCCAUGCCUGAGAAGCUGUUCCUGAAAUCUGAGAGCACAUUCAGAUACCAGUUCAACAAGGACCGUGUCAUCAUCAUCAUCCCCAUACCUCUUGGAGGAAAGUCAUCUGAGGAACUCAGGAUCCCAGCCCUGCUGACCACACCACACCUGGCAGUGCCCCAGAUGGGUCUAGACCUUCCCUCUAAGGAGAUCCAGGUCCCCACCUUCUCCAUCCCCUCCAACUAUGAUCUUACUCUGCCACUCAUGGGAAUGGUGGAAGUAUCUGCUAAGGUCAACAGCAACUAUUACAACUGGGAAGCCAUGAUCUCAGCUGGCAACAACAGUAUAGAGGAUCCAAGCUACAUGGUCCAGUACAAAGUGAUGGCUGACAGUCCCAUCGAGCUGUUCUCCUACACAACUGAAGGAACUGCGCUGAUUACUGACAUCCCAGAGGACACAAUGAAGGCCAUUGUUAAUGCUUCCCUUAGCCACAAGCUUAUUGACACAAGUUUUGGGAUCAUGGAGAGUGUCAGUGUUUCAGACAAAGUUAAAGCAACAGGCAACUACAAGAUCCAGGCAUUUAGCCCCCUGGGAUUGCAGACAUCCCUGGACAUCACCUCCCAGUGUUCCCUGGCCGCCGACAUUUUCAUUGGUGACGCCAACAUUGACGGAAGUCUGACCGUGGGAUCCCUGACUGCCAGCACCACCUACUCCCAGUCAUUCUCUGUUGAGCCAAUGAAGAAAGAAGCAAGAGCUGAGUCUACAUUGAGGAUGGAUGCUCCAAUGCUAGAAUUUGUCAAUAAGAUCAAGGCAGGAUAUGCUGAUGAGCAGCUUCUCAUCGAGUCCAACACCAACAUGAACAACGACCCAAUGAAGCACACCACCAAGUUCAGCAUUGGCUACAAGGAAGCUCAGCUCACUAUUCAGUCUGACUCUGUGACCAAGGCUGAUGAAAGAAUGCUCCGUAGCCAGGUCGACUUCACUGCGACCAGAAACGAGGCCAGCAUAAGGAUGGAGAACCAGGCAGAUGAUACCCAGAAUCGUGUAUAUUCCUUGGUCUCCGCAUCCCUGAAUCCGUCUAGCCUUGAGAUUAAUGCGGAUGCCUCUAUUAAUGUAUUUGCUAGCCGUGCCUCCCACAAAGCCACAUUGACCCUGAAUAAGGACAGCCUGGCCACCAGCUGCACCACAACUGCACAGAGUAGCCCAGUGACCUUCGAGAACAUUAUUCAUGGUGGAUUUGACACCACCGGGGCCAGUAUGAGCAUCAACACUAAGGGCGCCAUCCAAGAGAACACAGCUGAGUUAAAUGUGGAGGGGAAAGUCAGCACCUCUGAGCUAUACAUGAACAGCAUGUACAAAGGUAACCUAUUUGAUGCCAACACCAGAAAUAGAGUAAAUCUCAGAAUGAAUGAAGAUGGUUUGAUCAUCUCUAAUAGCCUGGUAGCCUCUCUGCAGGACAUGAAAACUGACAACAAACACUCCAUGACUCUUACUCUUGGAUCUCUGGCUGUCCGCUCCAAAACUGAUAACUUCCUUAGUGACAGUAAUUCCUACAAGCAUGACAUUACCAUUGACAUUGAACGUUUCACUGCCUUUGUGGUUGUAAACAAUGACCUAAAGAUUAUGGAUGUCCACUUUGUCAAUGAAGCCGAGUUCAAGGCAGAGCCUUACAAUAUGGACCUGACUGGCAGUGUAAAGGGCACCUACUCAGAAGACGAGCUGAAGCACACCUACGAGAUUAGCUUUACUGAUAUGACAUCCACUGCUAAGUGCAACACCAAUGGAAAACUCAUGGGGUCACAGAUGUCUCAUAACACAGACAUGGAACUUUCUGGUCUGACCAUGAAGUUCAACAGCUUGGCAAACUUCAACUCUCCGUUGCUUCGUCUGGAUAGCACUAUCCACACUGUUGCUGAACCGUUCACUCUGAAUGUUGAUGCAAUCUUCAACUCAAAUUCUGAGCUGAAUUUCUAUGGAAAGCAGACUGGUGAAGUGUACAGCAAGUUCCUCCUGAAGGCAGAGCCCCUGUCUUUCUCCUACUCCCAUGAAUGCAGAGCCUCAACUACCCACAAGCUGGAAAGUGGCACCUCUAUUGAGACAAAUAUGGACAACAAGUUCAACAGCUUGAUAACCACUAAAGAGCAGAGUGUCACAUUCAAGACUACAUCCAAACUGAACAAACAUGCAUUUGACCAGGAAAUUACGGCCUACAACAAACCUGAGAAGCUUGGAGUUGAAAUGACUGGAACUUUCUCCACCACUGUGUUGAGCAAAGCUAGUGAGAACCAGGACUACUCCAUCUCCGGAUUUGUAAAGUAUGACAAGAACAGUGACAGCCAUCUCCUCCAGAUCCCUUUCAUUGAGCAUCUGCCUGCAGUCAUUGAGCAAGUGAAGGCUACAAUUAUGGGAGUUAUGGACAAUAGCAUUGAGUUGCUGAAGGACAUUGACUCAAAGUAUGAAAUCAGGGUCAACCUUCAGGCGAAAGUAAAUGGACUAAAACAAGUCAUUGCCACUUUUGACAUUAAUUUGUUCAUUCAAGACUUGAAACACUUCAUCAACUCCAUGGUAAAUCACAUGACAGGUCUGAUGUCAAAGCUUCCUCAUGCAGAAUUCAAAAAUUUGAUCAAAUCAGUUAAGGACACCAUUUCCGACUUCUUCGUGGAAUUUAAUAUACCAAAUACCAAACUUGAGGAGCUUCUUACCAACUAUGAGGUUGACAAGAUGAUUGAGAGUGUUAUGGAUGAAGCUGUGGAAAUCAUGAAGCACCUUCAGCUCAGGGAACACAUUCAGUCAGCAAUUGCUGCUCUCAAGUCUAUUGACAUCCAACCAUUCCUAAACAAAGUCAUGACACCAGUGGAGGAGUUUGUGAAUCAACUAAGCACAUUUGACUUCAAGCACAUGUUCGAAGACAUGAAUGUCUAUUUUUCACGAUUGGUCCAGAAGAUCAAAUCUUUUGAUUAUGAAACAUUCACUGAGGAGCUUAAAGAAAAAAUCACUGACAUGAGCAAGAUUCCUUGUUUUGGAAAACUUAAUGGUGAGUUCAGACUCAUCUCACCUGACUACAGCCUCAGAACGACUGCAGAGCUGCAGAACUCUACCACUGCCUCUGAGUCUCCAGAGCUCACUGUCAACCUCAACUCUCAGGCCACAUCUACCUUUGACCUCAUUGCCUACACUCUGGAUGCCACUGCACAUGUUGUACGCAGAACGAGUCAGCUUUCUCUCUCUGAGACCAUCAAAGUUGUGCACACCUCUUUCUCCUUUGACCACGAGGGAACAAUGGGUUUCUAUGGUACUUCUGCAGAGGCAUCCUCCAAGACCACUGCCAAGGCUACGACCGAGCCAUACAAAGCUGAACUUGUCAACAGUGCGAUCUUUACAACAGGGAAUGGAGUCUCAGCCACACUGGAGACUGCCUACAACCAUGAGGUGAACAUGCCCCUACUUGAAAUCUUUAGCGAAACUUCCCACACCCAGAAGACUUUUGCCUUCCUGGAGAAUGGGGUCAUUACUCUGACCCUAGGUCAUGAAGGCAGGGGUAAAUUUGCCAUUCAGGAGUAUGGAGAUGAGGGAACCCAGAAGAGUGACAUGGAGAUAACUGUUAAUUUCCAUGACAUCAAACUGACCUUCACUGGAGAAACAAACACAAAUCACGUUCAGAUGAAGCAAAAUGUUCAGGCUGAGUUCUGCAUUUAUGGUCAAAUCAACAUUGAGGCAUCUGCUGAGACAAAAACACCCUUCAUCACAAGCAGUGUUGCUGAGCUGAAAGGAGAGGCUAAGGUACAGGAUAUGAAAAUUGAGAUAACUGCUUCCCAUAACACUGAGCUGGUAGGCAAUGUUGAGGGAACUAUCUCCAACUCUCUCACUGCAUUGAUAACACCGUAUGAGCUCAUGUUUGACAUCAAGAACAAGGAAAAUACCAAGGUGAAACUACCUUUCAAGUUGUCUGGAAAGAUUGAUCUUCAGAAUGACUUUGCCGUUACCCUCAAUUCUGGAGUGCAGCAGUGCAGUUGGGUGGGUCAUGCUCGAUUCAAUCAGUACAAGUACUCCCAUUACUUCACGAUGGACAAUGGUGAAAAGGAAAUUCACAUAUUUGCACAGAUUAAUGGAGAAGCCAACCUUGAUGUGUUGAAGGAGCCCAUCACCAUUCCUGAAAUGUCUGUGCCAUUCCUCAGUGUGAAGACAUCCGCAGUUGAGGACUACUCUCUGUGGGAGGACACCGGCCUGAGCAUGCUCUUGACAACAACUCAGCAGACCUUUGACAUGGAGUCCAAAAUUGUUUAUAAAAAGAACCCUGAUAUGUUAACCAUUGACCUUGACUUGCAGCCUGUUGUCAGUGCCAUCAAUAAGAAUACCAGAAUGCUGAACAAAAACAUAAUCAUUGGUAAGGAUAAGGUUGUUGCCUUACUCACAAUCUCCUUGGAUCAAGCAAAGGCAGAAUAUGAGAAAUACAAUAUUGAGCUGCCAAAAACCCUCACAGUUCCAGCAUACAAAGUUCCAGUGAUGAAUAUAGAGGUGUCUUCUUUCACCAUCCCUCUGCCUGACGCCAGUCUCAUCACCAUGCCGGCUCUGCAUGUUCCAUCUGCCCUCAGCAAGCUGACUCUUCCAAAAAUCACUCUGCCCAAAAUGCAGAGGAGCAUCAAGAUCCCUGUCAUGGGUGACCUGACAUAUGAGUUUUCCAUGAAGACACCUGUGGUCACACUUAAAACUGAUGCUAGCAUCAUCAAUCAGCAUGAAAUCGUAAUCAAACUUGAUGCCACCUCCACCUCUGACUUUAAGGUCCUGACAGGCAAGAUCGAGGGUACCAGCACUUUAAACAGAGAUAACGGAGUGAAACUGUCAUCUGUCCUGUCUGUGAAGCACAUGAUCAUUGACAGCAAUCACGACAGCACCAUCAUCUUCAGUAACGAGGCUGUGGAUGCUUCUAUCACCAAUUCAGCUAAGGUUGGCAUGUCCGCCCUGAUGAUCGAAGCCAACCAGGAAUUGUUCGCAAAUGCACAGGAUGGGCUCAUUGUAUCUCUGUCCAGUCCAUCUUCUGGUCUCCUUGGACUCCAGUUGUUGACAAAGCGCCCAGCUCAAGUGAAAGGAAGGCUCUACAGCCGCUAUCCGUCUGAUCCAACAAAUGAUGUGGAUAUCAUGUCCAUCAAGAUGUCUGUGAUCGACUCAGCUAUGCUUAACAUUCAGACAACCUGGAAUAUGGAGGUUCCCAAUGAGAUGAUGUUGGGACUAAAGGAGAACAUACCGACCAUUGUGUCCACAGUUACUCUGCAGGAUAUUGUGAACAAUCCCAUUUGUAAAGCAUAUAAUGAAAUCACCAGGCUAGCCAGCAAUCUUGAGGGUCCACUUGAGCAGAUUAAGGAAGAGGGCAGAAUAAUGUUCAAGAGGGCUGCUGACAAUUUUGAAGCUUUAGGUCUUGCUGACUUGACCGAAAAGGUCUCAGAGAGCAUGAUCUAUGUCCUCAAAGAGUAUGAGGAGAAGAUUCAGAUUCUUCUCAAUGCUGUCAUUGAGUUCCUGAGGGAAACACAGUUCCAACUCCCUGGAUUUGAAGACAAACUGUCUGGGCUUGAAGUCUACCGUAAAUUCACUAGCUUCAUUACUGAUGUAACUGAAGAGGCUAUCACAAAGGUUCCAGAAUUUGUUGCUGCCCGCAGUGAAACUGUUCAUAGAUUUAUUACAAAUAUCCAAAUUCCCAUUCCUGAUUUCAGAAAGGAAGGAUUUGUGUCCUCCAUCACAUUUGAAGAACUCCAACGUAUUCUCAUUGACAUUGUUCAGACAAUCAGGACUAUAACACUGGAGGACAUUGUGGAAAUUGUGAAUAAAUCAAAUCGUUUUUGUAUUCAGAAACUGGAGGGGCUCAAUUGGAUGAGCGACAUUUAUACUGAUUUUGUUAACUCUCGUGGAUUGUCUUCUAUUAACACCCAGGUUGAAAACUUUAGGAACAUGGCUGAGGCCUACUUCAGUGAUAUCCAUACCAAUUUCCAGGCUAUUUUUGCUGACAUGUCUAUUGAGCAGCUGAACGCUGACAUCCAGUCAUGGAUUGGCUCAGUGGUCAAGCGCCUGAAUGCUUUCCACAACAUGGUUAUAGAGUUCCUUAAGGAGAUAUCCAAGCAUGCAGAGUCGUAUGUGAGAGUGUCUGAUAGAAGGAUAGAAAUUGACAUUCCAUUUUCUGACCAGGCAGAUUGAACCAGUAACCUGUAACCAAUGCUAUUCAGUCAAAGAAUGUUUUUAAAUCACUUAAGUAUGUCUGAAACAGCUAGACAUGGAAAACAACUAAACCUACAUUGUUGUCAUUCUGUAUGCAACAGUCCUAGUUAUUCAGGCAAAGGCAUGUUUCCAUGUUUUUCCCCACAUUUUUUUUGUAAAUUGCUUAUUUUGUUUUAGUAUUAAUUAUUCAGAUGUCUACCACCUCAGCUGAUAUUACUAUGUCCCCCUUGUGUCUGUAUUUAAAAACCUAAACACAUAAAUAAAGACCAUUUGGAAUGCAAGUUUAAUUUUUCUAACUCCUUCUACACACUUUAGUGUUACAGUCAUUCUCUUUGAAUUAACAAAAGUUGAAAUUAAGUUCCACAUGAAAUGAAAUAUUUUAGUAACCCUUGUACUUACUAAGUGUUCAACAACAGAGAAGAUCAUCAAGUAAGAUUAUACACGUAAGCCUCACAGCAACAGAAAUGAAGACAUUUUCCAAAUUCAUUGUUACUCACUGCAAAACUUGCUUUACUUGAUCAAAUGUAUGUACUCUACUUAAACUGUAUUUUGUUUAUGGACAGAAUAAAGAAAACACCCUUUAUAAAUUUA